AUGGCCGACGUAAACGGCGACUCAAUAUCCCAUACAAAUGGCCAAAACGGACAUUCUCCAUCCCCGCCAACCCAACCCGCUCCAGCGCCCAACCCACAACCUACAGCACCAGUCUCUGCGGCUGCCUCCCCUCCCAUCGCAAAUCCCAGCGUACCUCUCACAUCCCUCCAAGACAACGGUCUAUCCAAGCGACCCCGCGAUGCUCGUCUUAUCCAUAUGCUCCUUUCCUCACUGGGGGUAUCCGCAUACCAAGAACGCGUUCCUCUCCAACUUCUCGAUUUCGCAUACCGUCACUCCUCUUCUAUUCUUUCCGAUGCCUUACAUCUUUCCUCCGAUGCCUAUGUAUCACAACAAACGCGCGCGAGAGAUGCGCCGCCUGGUGGGGGUUUCAGAGAUGCAGAUGGACAAGUUAGCGCGAAUGCGGUUCAACUGGCUAUUCAAAGUCGAUUGCAGUAUCAGUUUGGCGCAGGCAAUGGUGGUGGGUUGAGCAAGGAGUUUUUAUUAGAAACUGCACAGACGAGGAAUAAAAUUGCAUUACCAAGGGUUCUACAGAAUGAAUGGGGUGUCAGGUUACCAGCUGAGAGAUUUGUCCUUACGGGUGUGCCAUGGGGAUUGAAGGAUGAGUGGGUGGAAGACGAUGAAGAAGAAGAGGAGGGCCCGGUUGGAGAGAGUAUGGAAGGCAUUAUAGCUACAGAAGAAGAUAACCUCGAAGGUGAUGAGGAGGGUGCUGGUGAUAUAAAUGACUUAUUUGGCACGGGUGGAGAUAUGGAUGAGGAUAUGGAUAAAGAGGAAUAA